UAUCUCUCUCUAAAGAAGGGAGUUUCAUUUGUAAACAAACAGCAGACGACCAACGAUGAGAACAAUUACUCAUUUUGUUUCAUUUAUAUCGUUGUUUGUUUUAAUUUUCAUAUACAUUUCAAAGGCCAUUCAUAAUGACAUUUCAGGCCAAAACAGAGUUUACGGAUUGGGACCAAAAAUAGUGAAGAAUGGAAAUGCAGACCAAAUAUUUUGGUUUGUUCAGGUAACAGACAUCCACAUAAGCCGUUAUUAUGGUUUUAAACGUGCACCCGACCUUCAAGACUUUUGUGAUACACAUCUUACUGUCAUCAAGCCGGACUUUGUUUUAGCAACAGGCGACCUUACAGAUGCAAAGUUCAAAGAUCUGAGGGGUUCAAAGCAGUUUUUGGACGAAUGGAAGACGUAUCAAAACAUUGUUCAACAUUGUCAGAAGACUGUCACCACCUGGCUGGAUCUGAGGGGAAACCAUGAUUCAUUUGGUACACCCAGCCAUGGCCAUGAGGAUAAUUUGUUCAGGUUAUUCUCAGCUCAGGGUGGAGAACACCCAAGUUCCUACGUGUACCACCACAAGAAGCCAUACGGGACAUACUCGUUUGUGGCAGUGGAUGCCACCCCCAAUCCUGGACCCAAACGACCCUUCAACUUCUUUGGCUACAUACAGCAGUCUGGAGAGGCAACACUCAACCAAAUUUUGAAUGGCAGCAGAACAAGCAAUUUGACAAUCGCUUUUGGGCAUUAUCCAACGUCUCUUAUUACUAUGGAGUCCGGCAUGGAUAUCAGAUACUUACUUAGGAACGUGACAGGCUACCUGUGUGGACAUCUUCACACACUGGGAGGCCUGGUACGGCGCAUGUUUGCCAGGCACAAGACCGGCAUGCUGGAAUUGGAGUUGGGCGACUGGAAGGAUGAACGCAUAUACAGAGUCCUGGCUGUAGAUAAUGACAUGCUGUCCAUACAAGACUCUGUGAUGAAUCAGUGGCCUGUUGUACUGGUGACAAACCCCAAGGAAGCUUCGAUGCAGACCCCUUUACAUGAACCAUACUAUGCUGUGAACAAGUCUUCGCACAUAAGAAUGCUGGUGUUUACAACAGGAACCAUAACCUCUAUAGAUGUAUUCAUUGAUGGGGUAUACCUAGGACAGGCAACUAGCAUUACAGGGCCUGUAUAUGUGCUACCUUGGACACCUAGUGAUUACAAGUGGGGACUUCAUACUUUACGCAUUGAAGUCAAGGAUGAUGUAUAUGGACUGCACAUAAAAGAGCAUGUGUUUUCAUUGGACGGAACCAGUCCGCUGUUUCAGUUUAGGGCACGACUUAUUCUGAUGAUGGAUCUUGGUUCUUUGUUGCAAGCUGUGUUCUACCUGUUGAUUGCUCUUUAUGUUGGCUUACUUGUGAGUCUUCAUAGAUGCUCCAAUAUCAAGCCUUACAUGAUGUCAGGCCAAACUGGUGUCACAGGUUGUGUGGCCAGAGUCCUCAAUAGUUGGCUGUACAGGGCGUGGCUUCUGGCCCAUGUUGGAAGACUUUUCUACCCUUUAGUAGGCUUCACAUUGUAUGUGGCCUUUGGUCCCUGGUUUGCUGGUGAGAUUCUUGACGGCCACACGGGGGUAGUGUUUGUGUGGGGGAUGUACGUAUGCGGCACUUACCUUCCUGCCUGCCUUUUGUAUCUCUAUGGAAUCUUUCAGAUGCUGACAUUCAACAUUCCUCUGUCAGUGUUCCUUGGCUACUACAUGCAAUACUAUCAAACAUGGGAGACAAGGAAAUCCACAAUAUUUCACAGAUUUUGCCACAUUCACUCCGUUCCUUUUCCUGGCUUAAUUCUUUUCCAAAGUUAUGUCGUUUUCGACGAAUUCCCGGCUGCCUACGGCACAAGUGCCGUAUUGUUAGGGCCAGUCAGAACUGGCUCAGUUAUAUUGGCUUUAAUUUUUUAUAAUAUUGGCUCUAAACAAAUGUGAAAAACUUGCACACAAACUGAGAUCGAUCAAGAUCUACACAGUGUAUCAAUAAACACAGCUUUGAUAUCAAUGCUGCUCUGUGAUGUUUCUGUGAACUUUAUUUAUACCAAAUGCUUUUUAAGUACAAAACAAUGUUUCCUAUCAUAAUAUUUACUAUAAAUUUUACUCUGGGAUGUUUCUUGACGAUAAAACAAAAUGGCUUUUUGCUCUGUACCAAAAAUUAUUCUUACUGUUUAAUUUACAUGUUAUUGUACGGUUUGCUGUUAUAUUUGCUGAUACAUGGACAUGUAUAUCAAAUUAAAAGAUUAAAAAGAUUUUUACAUAAAUCAAAUACAGGAGUGUUUUUAUUUCUUACAAAAAAUGACACUGUUCAAUAAACGCAAUGUAAUAUUGUGCAACGAUUUUUAAGUUC